GAAAGUGGGGUCAAAUCAAAUGUGAAAAUGAUGGGCCCUAAAAACCAUGGCAUGGGGAAGAAGUGAUCACGAUAGUCCGCCGAAACACCACAACAACAACCCUUCUUCUUCUUCUUCUUCUUCUUAUUCUUGGACUCUGAACUUUUGAGUUUUUGCUUGUAGUUUCAGAGAGAGAGAGAGAGAGAGGGAAAAUUGGGUUAAUCAAAACUAGGCUAAGAAAUGGAGAGUAGCGAAGAAGACGAUGACUUCCCAUCAAUCGAAUCUGUCACUCCACAGUCUAAGAUCGACACCAUCUAUCAGUCCAAGACCGAAAAGGGAAUUAGAAUGCUCUGUUUUGAGCUUUUGGAUUUAAAGGAUGCAGUGGAGAACUUAUGUGGCAAUACACGCACAAAGUACUUGGCUUUCUUGAGGUUAUCUGAAGAAGUCGUGGAAGUGGAGCACGAGCUAAAUGAGCUCCGUAAGCAUAUUUCAGCUCAAGGGAUUCUAGUUCAGGAUUUGAUGAGUGGUGUAUGCCGUGAAUUGGAUGAGUUUAACGGGUCUAGCGGUGACAUACUGGAAGCUGAGCAAAAUCUUAAAAAUUGUGAACUCGAAGUUCCCUUGCUAAAUGAAGCAGGGGGUCACGAGAGGAUGUUUCUGGAGAAUGUUGAUGUUCUCUUGGCUGAGCAUAAAGUGGAAGAAGCACUGGAGGUAUUGGAUACUGAAGAGAGAAGCCAUCCUGAGCUGAAAGGCUCAGGAGAUGCUUCUUCUACUGAACCGUCCUCAUACAAGUCCGCUUUCUUGAAAAGGAAGGAAAUGCUUGAGGAUCAGGUAGUUGAGAUUACUGAACAACCCUUAGUUGGUAUUCUUGAACUGAAGAAGGCUUUAUCCGGAUUGCUAAAGCUGGGAAAAGGUCCUUUGGCACAUCAGCUACUGUUGAAAUCAUAUGGGUCCCACCUCCAGAAUAGCGUCAAGGCUUUUCUUCCAUUCUGCCAUACUUACCCAGAAACAUAUUCAGCCACGUUGUCUAACCUUGUAUUCUCUUCAAUCUCAUUGACAACAAAAGAAUCUGGUUUGAUAUUUGGUGACAAUCCUGCUUAUACCAACAGAGUCAUUCAAUGGGCAGAAUGUGAAAUUGAAUCUUUUGUACGGUUGGUUAAGGAGAAUGCACCUCCUUCUGACACAAUAUUUGCUUUACAUGCUGCUAGUAUUUGUGUUCAGGCUAGUCUUAGCCACUGUUCUGCAUUGGAAUCACAAGGUUUAAAACUCUCAAAAUUGCUUUUGGUACUUUUGCGGCCAUAUAUAGAAGAAGUCUUGGAGUUGAAUUUCAGGCGGGCUAGAAGAGUAGUCCUUGACAUUGCUGGAACUGAUGAGAGCUUGCAGUUGUCGCCUCGUUUUGCAUCGCCACUAUCUAUUUUUGCAACAUCAUGUGAUAGUUUGCUCAUUCAUAGUGGAAUGAGGUUCAUUUUCGUUGCCAAAGAUAUAGUGGAGCAGUUAACCCCCCUGGUUAUUUUGCACUUUGGAGGAAAUGUAUUGACUAGAAUUUCACAGCUUUUUGAUAAGUACGUGGAUGCUUUGAUUAGAGCGUUACCUGGCCCAUCUGAAGAUGACAAUCUUACAGAGUUGAAAGAAGCUGUAUCUUUUAGAGUCGAAACAGAUUCUGAACAGCUUGCUCUAUUGGGAACUGCAUUUACUGUUGCGGAUGAACUAUUGCCAAUGCUUGUGUCUAGAAUUUGGAGCGCAUUGAAUGAAAGCAAGGAAGCAGCGAACGGAGUUGUUGAAAACAUCCUGCCUAUGGCAAACAAUGCUAUAGAACUCAAGGAUUGGAGGCGCCAUCUUCAGCAUUCAUUGGACAAGCUCAGAGAUCACUUCUGUCGACAAUAUGUUUUAAAUUUUAUUUAUUCAAGAGAUGGAGAAGCACGUUUAGAUGCACAGAUUUAUUUACAUGGUAAAGGUGAUGAUCUGAUUUGGGAUUCUAACCUGCCUUCACUACCCUUCCAGGCAUUGUUUGGGAAGCUGCAACAGUUAGCAACUGUGGCUGGAGAUGUGUUACUUGGAAAAGAGAGAAUACAGAAAAUUUUGCUUGCCAGGCUAACAGAGACCGUGGUAAUGUGGCUGUCUGAUGAACAGGAGUUCUGGGGUGUGUUAGAGGAUGAUUCUGCUCAUCUUCAGCCAUUAGGGUUGCAGCAGUUAAUUCUAGAUAUGCACUUCACCGUUGAAAUUGCACGUUUUGCGGGUUACCCAUCCCGACACAUCCACCAGAUAGCAUCUUCCAUAAUAACCCGUGCAAUCAGGACCUUCUCUGCUAGGGGCAUAAACCCACAAAGUGCACUUCCCGCAGACGAAUGGUUUGCUGAAACUGCAAAAACGGCAAUACAAAAGCUUCUACAGGGAGCCUCUGGGUCAGAUACAUCAGAUAUUGAUGAAGACCACAUCGCAAUGGAUGAUGAACACAUCAUGAUGAAUGAUGAGCAAUUCUCAGACACCGAUGAGUCUCCUUCUUCACUCUCCACAGUCGAUUCAUUUGAGUCUUUUGCUUCUGCUCAGAUGGGUGAACUUGAAAGUCCCGUCUACUUGUCAGAUCCAGAAGACUGACAUGUCCAAUCGAAUUAGCUUGAUCAGACGGCGAUGAUAUUCGGGGAUUAAGAUGGCAUUGGAUGAAUUUAUGAGCUAUAUUCAAAGAUAUUGAGGCUAACAUGCUAGGCCAUUUAGAGUUAAGAGCUAGUUUGUUAAACUACUGUUGUUGUGGUUUAGAACUUAAAAGAUUUUGUAGCAAUUGACUCUGCUUUGCUCCUGAUUCUGGUACCUAUGUUCAAAGAAAGUGCAUUUAAGCAGUCAAUAUAAGUCCUAAGUUUUAAUUUAAGUAUUUAGAUGGCCUAAUCCUCAAUAAACUAUUUUAUUUUUUA